CACCUUUUCUAUGGUUAUAAUUCAUUUCUAUAUUUUUUCUGAGAAUUGAAUUAUAGAAUUAAAUUUAUUUGAACUUUAGGAAAAGUUUUUUUUAUCUUUCAUGUUGUAUAUUGGCGUAACAUAAUAAUGGAAGGAGAUACAUUUAAAUCCAAUUUUUAUCAACUACAGGGUGAUGCACUGAAAGAGAGGCGUAAAAAUUUCUUCAAACUUUUAAAGUCAACUGAUUUUAAUAUUAGCGACUAUCAACUUGAUAUACAACCUAGAAAUUUUCUGGAAGAGUUAUUUUAUGUUGAAGCCUUAAUAUACUUUCGAAGAACUAAUCCUCUUCUCAAGGUCUUCAAAAAUGGUAAUGACAUCUUUGUUAGCAAAAUUAUAAAAGAACCAUGGUUCUUCAAAGAUUUAUUCAAAAAUGUUAAUGAAGAUAUGCUUGUCAAUGAAAUAUUACCAACUUAUUCUUAUUCAUUACGGAUGAAAGUCUUAAAUAGACUAUCCAGGAUCCUGGAUGACCAACAAUUGGACAAGGUUUUUGAUUUAAUAUUGAAGAGGUAUGGUCAUUUUGUUGCAACAAAAUUCCUUGCUAGAUGUUCUUUGCAAAAAAUUCAGUGUUUCAUUAAACAUACUGAGGUUGAUUUAAAUUCAACUCAGGUUGAAAUAAUUUACAAUAGAGACCCAGAAACUUUUCUAUUGUAUUGCCAAGAGUAUCACAAAAACUUUGGGAAAAGCUAUUAUGAUGAACAUUUGUUUGUUUAUAUAUUUCAAACCAAUCCUAACUUAGCUUUAAAGUUAAGCAAAGAGCUCAAUACAAUGCCACAACUUGGAAAACGGAUAACUAAACGUCUAAUAAAAACCAACGAAAAAGAAAUUGUUGCUGAUUUAAAAAAAGUUCUGCCUAGCUUACAUAAAUCCAUGGCGGUUCGAACUAUCAAAGGGUUUGACAAAUUACUUGUAAGCUUUUUUCCUGAACGCAUUGAAGAUCUUAACAGCUGUUUUGAAGGUGACAUAAGUCCUUUGAUAAAAUGUUAUCCCCAAGUUCGCCAAUGGAAAUUAUUUGCUCAAACUUUCAUGGAAAUAUAUCUCUCCACUGUCACUGAACAUUUGACAGCCAUUAAUAGAUAUGUUUUAAAAUAUGCCCCACUAAGUGUGGUGCAAGAGUGGGCAGAAAAAAUGUAUUCAAAAUCUGAUGACAUAGGCCUCACUAAAUAUAUGGAAGCUAAAAAAUCAAUUCCAAUUCUUAAGGAAAAAAUAAAUUUGACAUCUAUUUUACAAGUUCGAUAUAGAUUAUUGUAUUUACUAAUAGACGUCUGCUCAGAAUCGAAGGAUUGGGAGUCAUUGGAGAAUGUAUUGAAAUACAUUUGCUUUCGUCAUCGCAAUGAAGAACAUGCUGUUAGAUUCAAUUUGCUUUGCUUAAUAAAAGAUACUAUUGACCACAAAGCACUAAAUUCCCAGCAUUGGAAGUAUAUACUUGAAUUGCUUGAACUUCACAGAAUAAGAGAAGAACCGGGGUUCAAAACAAAUUUUUAUUUAUUUUACCGACACUUGGAAUAUUUGUAUAGGAAUGGUAAUCCUCAACGACAGGUGCUCCAACAAUAUGUAGAAGAUGUAUUUACAUAUAAAAGAUCUUUAAUUAUCGAGUCAGAAGAUGACUUUAUAAAAAAACAAAUUUUGGAGGAUAUUGCCGAAAUAUUGCUUCACAUGUCUGAUAAAUAUGUCCUUGUUCUGGAAUUAUUAAAUGAAAUUGUUGAGCAUAAUGGUAAAUCAUCACAUUUUGUGCAGGCGUCAAAAUUUCCUGUUUUAAUUGACAUGGUCCAUCGAGUAUUUGUAACCUUGGACCAAAAUUUUAUCGAGGGAGAAGCUGAGUUUAUAAGUAAUGUAUUGAAGUAUAAUCAACAAGAUGCACAAAAUCCAUUUAAUUUACCUCCCAGUGAAGAGCUUUUAAAAAUACUGAUAACUGUAAGUUUAACUAAGAAAGGUUUUCCAGUUUGUCAGACAAUAUCUUGCAUGAUAAAAAAACAAAAUAGAAAUCCCUUUGAAGAUGAGUUAGUCAAGUUUUAUUUUUCAAAUUCCAUGUUAUCAAAGUGUAACGCUUCAGGGCUAACAAAAUCUGUGGUACAGUUUUUUCUUCAAAAUGAACCCCAAAUUAUUGUCAAGUACUAUGACGCUAUUAUGGCUCUUUGUUUUCGUGAUGUGCUGUUUGACAAAGUUGCUGUAAUAAAAAAAUAUAGCCAUUUAAAUUUGGACGCGAGGCUAAUAAAUAAUAUUAAAACACGACUGGAUUUAGAUAAAGCCGAUGUUAUUACCGCAUUGUUGAUUCUUAUGCCCGCAGAAGACUUUUUGAAAUAUGUGGAACUCUACAUACCUCAGUCUUCUAAACUAGAUAUAACAGACAAAACUCAGAAAGACAUGUAUAAGAUUCGAUGUGAUAUUGUCAAAGAGAUAAGAAAAGCUGCAGAGCCCUGUAAGUUUAUUUCUUUCCUGAUGAACUUUUGUCAGGGUGAUUAUUUACAAUCCAGCCUGCCAAGUUUGUAUAGUUUCAUGUACAGAAUUCCUGAAAAUGAGCUUUCCGGGCACAUCACCAUUUUAGCAAAUGGAGCAGUGUCAGUGAGAAAGCAUGCUUUGUUUCUCAGUGCCGAACUCUUACCAGUUCCGAAAGUGCAAGAAAUAUUUCAGAACUUGGCAAUAGAAGAAAAUGCUUCGAAUUUCAAGUAUGGAUUUUCAUCUUUAUUUAAAUAUUUUGUAAAAAAUACGUCUGAUGACAUCUUUGAUUUUUUAAUCCUCAACCUAUGUAAAAUUAAUGAAAAUGACUCUGAAAUAUUAGAAAUGAUUUCUUCAAAACCAAAAAUUCCAAAAAAAUACUUACCAUUGUAUGUAGAAAAAGUUUGGUACUUUUUUGAGGUACUCAGAAGAAAGGAUACUAAGGUCGAGCUGUAUCAAGCCUCACUAUUGGAUACAAUGUUAACGAUUUUGCCGAGGAUAAGUGUAACAUUUUGCAAUUCUAUAAUUCAAAAAUAUUUUCUCGAAGAUGGUCUGCUGGGUGACAAAUUAAAUCUAAUUGUAGCAAAAUAUUUACAAGUUUAUCCUGAAGAGAAAUAUUUCAUCUUUAUAUUUGAAAUUCUUGGCGAAAUUAAAAAGAAACGUUGGGAUUCUACAGGAAUUCGAAGAGUGUUUAAUUUUUUUGAUAAUAUCUACAGCGGGAUGUAUGAAUGCGAAAAUGUCAAAUUUAUUUUAUUGUUUAAACAAUUUUGGGAACAACAAUUUACCGAUACGGAAUCUUUCACAGAGCUUCUGCUUUUAAAGCUUAUGAUAAUUUACCAGGAGGAUAAAUUUUCCUUGGAAAAUUUUACCUUGAAAGUAAACAGUUUGAUGGAUAAACUUGCGGAAACUUAUCAACUUCAUGUGAUAUCUUUUGUUAGCACAGUAUUUCGACGAUUUUUUAGUUUGGUCCCUUAUAAUCAAAUUGAAUCAGUGGAUUUCAUUUCCCAUUUGAUCCAUAUUAAACCCUGCCUUCCUAAUUACAUUUUGGCAGCAAAUCUGUUGCAAUUCAGAAAACGAUCUAGUCGAGAAAAUAAAAUUAACAAUAUCUUAAAAAUUCUGGCAAAUGUAUCGGAUCCAGUAGUUCAAAUGGAAUGCCGCAAGUGUUUAUUGAAUUUGUGAUAUGCUUUUUGAUAAUAAAAUAACUUGUCACUUUACAAUCUUUUUUUCAGUGGUUAAUUUAGAAUUAUUUUAUACACAAA